AUGGCGUCGCUGCGGGGGGCGGCCUGCGCGAUCGUCUUCGGAAGCGCGGCUGGCCUGUACGUGAGCCUCGAGCUGCUACAGGUGCGGGUGAAUGUGGGCUGCGCCGGGUGUGCCGCGCGCGGGUCCCUGUGCGGUGCGUUGACGCUGGCAAAUCGGGCGAGGACCGGCGGGCAGCUGUGGGACUGCCAGGCAGGCCUUGUCAAUGGCCCACUUGAGGGCCAUCGAAAGUCAGGUGUCUGGCAGAUUGCCAAGGAAGUCGUGCGGAAGAGUGAGAGGAGCGUCCUUCUCCUGCUCCUAAGGCUGCUGGCGCUUCCCGAACAUCCCAGCCACAUCGCUGCUGGUGGCUGGACUGGACGCGCUGUGGAGACCCCUGCUGCCGGCACCGCUGUAAGCACAGACGGCACACGAUCACUCACAGCACUCUGCUGGUGCUCCGGGCGGCAGUGGCUGGUGCUGACGAGGCCCAGCCUGUCCCAGUCCUCUAGGCAGAGAGGGCGAUUAGAAGGGACUCAUGGCGGCGAGGCCACCGUGUCCCUUCUAAUCGCCCUCUCUCUCAUGGCGGCGAGGCCACCGUGUCCGUGGGCCUCCGGCACGGGGUAUCCUGCGUGA